AAAAAUAUAUUACUUGGAGCUCGUCUCUUACUUCUCCGCUCAGAAAAUAAAAAUGUUGUUUACCCCAAAAAUGGCGCCUGAUAUGACGCCCUGUCGGCAGAAAGAUAUAGUUCAUCUGGGCCUUCUGAAACCAUACUCUGAAAUAAAUCAGUUUGAUGAUGUGAUAACGUGAUGGCUAAGGUUUGGUUGGGUUCAUGCACUUGGUUCGGUUUCGGGGAAAACAUCUCGGUUUGAGUGAAGACGACUACAGAGCGCUGCAGGAAUGAGUCGUAAAACCCCGGAAAUGAGUUAGCGUUAUAGCACUUCCUGUUCCCUCGUCCCGAAGCCACAAAUAUCUCCUCACCAGUCCACCUUUACAUCUUCGUUGCGCUUUUGGAAACGGCAGUCUCCGUCCAUCCCGACCUCGUGCAAACCUUCGCUCCCGUUGUAAUUCCUACGGCCACUAGAGGGCUUUGUCACUUGAACGUAAAUUGUUUUUUUUGGGGGGAAUUUUGAUGAAAUGACUGAUGCUGCUGUUCCUCUUCGGGGGACGGUGCACUUGUUUGAAAUGCUUCUUCUUAUUAUUUAAUUGUGCAGCACCCGUUCAUGUAUUUUUAUGUCUUGACAGCCGCUUUUUAAAAGUAAAAUUUUUGGAGGGAAAAAAAGCAAACAACUAUUCUCAGUCACAGUUUUGAAGUUUGAAGCAUUCUCUUCACAAAUAAAGAUGAAUAUUAAUUUAUUUUUCCUGUUCGUUGAUUUGUUUUUGACUGUAGCAAAAAAAAAAACAACAAAAAAACAGACGCAGAAGGUGAAAUGAAGAAGGAAAAGACGACCUGUUUGCAGCUGUUGAUCAGUGAGUCAGAAAGAGGGAAGAGAGCGAGAGAGGAAACUGAACACAGGGGGAAGCAGAGAGAGAGAGAGAGAGAGAGAGAGAGGGAGCGUUAACCAUGCGCACAUGAGAAUCAGAGAGACGGAGAGAGAGAGAGAGCAGAGAGAGAGAGGGAGAGAGGGAGGGCAGCCGAGGGAGAAAAAAGCUUAAUUAAUUCAGGGUGGAUGGGAGGGAUGUUGCUGCUGUCCCUGCCGAGGCUCCAGAGCCUCUGCUGUCGUGCUGCAUGUAGCCGAGUGAUUGUUUGAGUGGAGAGGACGACUCUGACUCGGCUGCUGCUGCUGCUGCUGCUGCUGCUGCUGGGAACCAGACACCGGUCCACACCAGCCACGACUCCACUGACUGACUGGCUGUUUUGACUGGCUGGCUCUUCACUGAACGACUAAACAGGGAUGUUACAUGGACUAUAGUGGGAGCAGCAAUGGCCAGAGGUCAGCGAAGGUAUUUUUUGCUGCAGUUCUGCUAAGAAACCUCGUGUCAUCUUCAAGUCAUGAGGAGAAGUCAGUUACUGUGACAGACAGUCGCCUUUGUGGACAUACAACUGACCUGGCAUCAUCCUCACUGCCACUCUGGGAGCUGCACCACAUUUAACUGCUCCCAUAUCUACUAACAGACUAAAAUACAUUUAUUUUUGUAGCCUUUUGUUUUUGUAUUUUGACAAAUUGAAUAUUUGGAGCACCUCAGCAAUAUCCAGGGUGUAACAGCAUCAGCUCCAGCCAGUUUUCUCUACUCAUGUGGCCUCAGUUAUUUCAACUCUACACCUCCGGGGUGUUUGCAAGGUGCUCGUUGUAAAGAGGCAGAGAUGACAUCCCAAAACCUCUUCACCUCAGUUUUAUUUCACAACUUGACCGAAGGAUAACCAUCAACCCCCCUUAGCAGCACUCGUGGACUGACACACUCCCAGAGCACAGAGCCCCGCCCCUGGCUUCAGGCAGUAUGGGAGACGGGAGCUGGGUAUGUCUGAGCCCAGCUGAGUUUGCCCAGCUGCAACAGUACAGCGAGUACUCCACAAAGAAGCUGAAGGAUGUGCUGGACGAGUUUCACGGCGAAGGAGUCCUCUCCAAAUACAACCCAGAGCAGAAGCAAGACGUUCUCAACCAACCCAUCGACUACGAGGGCUUCCAGCUCUUCAUGGCCACUUACCUGGAGAAUGACAUCCCAGAGGAGCUGUGUCAGCACCUCUUCACCUCCUUCAAGAGCAAGACGGGAGGCUGCUCUCCCGACCAGUCUCGAGCAGGAGCGAGCUUACUGGAAGCCUGUUCCAUUGACGCAGGCAUCUCUAUUCAGACCGAAGUGGCCUGUGCCCCCAUUACAGGGAUGAACGGGAAAAGCAUCCUGUCUGCGAUGGGUCGUCACACACCAGAGCACUCCAGCGUGAUGAGCACCGCAGGCUCUGGAGCCACCACUUCCCCUUGUUCAUCUCGCUCCUCCUCGCAGCGUUCGGGGACAGGGGGCCACACGCCUGCGGGGCCCCACCGAUCACCCUGCACCCAGGUCAAGACCUCAGAGGGCAGCAGCAGCAAUGCCCUGACUCCCAACGCCGGACCCGCCAGGUCGCCAGUGUCCCCCAAACUCUCACCAGAGAGGAGCCACUCCGAGAAGCAUUUGUCACUGCGGAGGAGCCCAUCGCCCCAGAAGGCCCCCCCCCUGCCGUCACCCCAGGUGGUCUUCCUCAAGGACAUCGUCUGCUACCUCUCCCUGCUCGAGAGGGGGACGCCGGAGGACAAGCUGGAGUUCAUGUUCCGGCUGUACGACACAGACGGCAACGGGGUCUUGGACAGCUCGGAGCUAGAUCGCAUCAUCAAUCAGAUGGUGCAUGUAGCAGAGUACCUGGAGUGGGACUCAACAGAACUGAGGCCGAUACUGAAGGAGAUGAUGGAGGAGAUCGACUACGACCGGGACGGGACAGUCACGCUGGAGGAGUGGAUCAGAGGAGGCCUCACCACCAUCCCUUUACUGGUCCUGCUGGGCAUGGAUACGAAUGUACAGGAGGACGGGCAGCAUGUUUGGCGUCUGAAGCACUUCAACAAACCAGCCUACUGUAACUACUGCCACACCAUGCUGCUCGGAGUUCGCAAGCAGGGCCUCUGCUGCUCCAUAUGCAAGUACACAGUGCAUGAACGCUGUGUGUCCAAAGACAUCGCUGCCUGCAUCAGCACCUACGCCAAGUCACGUAGACACACCAACGCUAUGAAGCAUGUGUGGAUGGAGGGUAACUCUCCGACCAAGUGCGACCGCUGUCACAGAAGCAUCAAGUGUUACCAGGGCCUCACGGGCCUGCACUGUGUCUGGUGUCAGAUCACUCUCCAUAAUAAGUGUGCGUCUAAUGUGAAGCCAGAGUGCGACGGGGGAGCCUUGAGGGACCACACUCUGCUGCCCUCGUACAUCUGCCCCGUUGUCCUGGACCGUCAGUCCGUGGUGAAGCGUGGUGAGGGGGAGUCUCCGCCCAGCACCAGCCCUGACGACACCAAUCAGACUUUCAAAUUCUCCCCUGGGGACGGACAAGCACUUCAGAUCACCCCGCUCCCAGGGACGCAUCCGCUCCUGGUCCUGGUCAAUCCCAAGAGUGGAGGGAGGCAGGGGGAGCGGGUCCUGAGGAAGUUCAGGUACCUACUAAACCCCAGGCAGGUGUACAGUUUGGACCGAGGGGGGCCAAUGGUCGGGCUCAACUUUUUCCACGAUGUCCCUGAUUUCCGAGUGCUUGCCUGUGGAGGUGACGGCACUGUGGGCUGGAUCCUCGACUGUAUAGAUAAAGCAAGCUUUGCCAGGCACCCUCCAGUGGCCAUCCUCCCUCUGGGCACAGGGAACGACCUGGCACGCUGCUUACGCUGGGGAGGAGGUUACGAGGGCGGCAGCUUGCUGAAGUUCCUCCGGGACAUCGAGCACAGCACAGAGGUGGUGCUGGACCGCUGGAACAUCGAUAUCGUCCCCGAUGACAAGGAGGAGAAGGGAGACCCCGUCCCCUACAGCAUCGUCAACAACUACUUCUCUAUCGGAGUGGACGCCUCCAUCGCCCAUCGCUUUCAUCUGAUGCGAGAAAAGCACCCGGAGAAGUUCAACAGCAGAAUGAAGAACAAGCUCUGGUACUUUGAGUUUGGCACCACUGAGACCAUAUCUGCCACCUGCAAGAAGCUCAACGAAUGCAUCGAAGUCGAGUGCGACGGAAUCAUCUUGGACCUCAGCAACACCUCCUUGGAGGGCAUCGCGGUGCUUAACAUUCCCAGCAUGCACGGCGGCUCCAACCUGUGGGGCGAGACGAAGAAGAGGAGGAACUACAACCGCAUGAGCAAGAAGGUUCCCGAGAGGAUGCCGGCGAGCACCGUCACCGACGCUAAAGAGCUCAAGUUCUGUGUGCAAGACUUCAGUGACCAGCUGUUGGAGGUGGUCGGCCUGGAAGGGGCGAUAGAGAUGGGGCAGAUCUACACCGGACUGAAGAGCGCGGGACGCAGACUGGCUCAGUGUGCCAACGUCACCAUCAGGACGUCCCGGCGGCUGCCCAUGCAGAUUGAUGGCGAGCCCUGGAUGCAGCCCCCCUGCACAGUCAGGAUCACACACAAGAACCAGGUCCCCAUUUUACUGGGCCCGCCGCAGAAGACGCCGUUCUUCUUCUUCAAGAAACGCAACCGGAGCCGCGACUAGGACCCAUGCAUGUCACCUACGAACCCAGAAACACACACAACCACACACACAUACACACACACACACACGCCUCCCACUGUACAGGCAGCUCCAUCAGACGAUCGGUCCACAGGUUGGAGUUUGAAAGUGGGAAGUUUCAUUUACAGUCAUCACAUCUGGACAAGUGGAACAGUCCUGGAGUCCGGACGCCUACAAGACACUUCGCUCCCAGAAGGAACCUGCAGUGACGGCACCCAAACUGAAAAAGACUCUCAGUAUACAGCACCGACCUACUCCUGUGUAACCUUCAUCUUCUUAGUCUCGUCUCCAGACCUCCAGGAUUUAGUCUCAGCCGCUUGCGAGAGUCAAGUCUCUCAGUUCAAGCCGCCCCCUGCCCGGAAAAAAUAAUAAUAAUAAUAAUUUAGCCAUAUACCAGUACUGCACUGCCUGCUACACACACACACACACACACACACACACACACUGUGGCUGCCGGGAUUCCCAGCGAUAGUGAUGGGAAAGAGGCAGGUUGUAUGAUGACACACUACAAUGAGGAAGAGGAGAAGGUUAAAUGAGAGAGGCAUGACGGUAAUCUUGGCUGUUUACAAGGCCGCUGAGUAAAUAGAGUAAGAGCCACCUCUCUGUUAGAACACCUGUAUGAAUAAUGAAACAGCGGUUGCUUGUAAGAGUGCUCGCUCCGGGGCCUCCCCACAGCCUGACAGCCGAGGAGAAGGAGAAGCCUCAUCCAUUAUUGACUUAUUUUGUUUGUGGGUGGAUGGCAGUGGGGCGUAACAGUGGCCUGGAACGGAUGGAGACGUACAGGGAUGGUUUUAGCCCCUUUAGCAUCACUGGCCUACAAACAAAAAAAAAACAUCCUUUAAACCAUAUUUACAAUCUGUGGAUGAUCUGGCUGUAGACACCAGGCAGAGGAAGUGCCUGUCCAGUUAUCGCUUUAUAAAUUGACCAGGGUCGAGAUUGAAAGUCGAGAUUGGAGACAUUUAAGUUCAUCAUUGCUUUUCUCAAGAAAAACCCAUUUGUCCUCUGCGGCUGGUGCAGUCGAACGCCGCCGUCCAGAUCGAAUCCACAGCGGCUCCCGUGCAGCGUCGGGCGCUUCUAGUGGGUCAAGGAUUGAAAUAAAUCCCAUCAAGGGUACAGGAGCAAGGCCCCCGGGGGUUUUUAUUUACCACAGCAUUGACAGGGGAGCUAAAUUUAUCCCUCUAUUUCAGGGAGGGUCUAUCUCUCCUCCAGUGAAACCCUACGCCUAAUUACCGUGUCAAGCAUCGACUCGCAAUGUCAAGUGUGCUGCCAGAGUGCAAAUCCCAGAGCCUGCCCCUGCUGGAAGCUGCUGGGCGGCUUUCAUACGUUCACGAUUUGUUUAACUACCAAAUAAAGACGAGAUGGUGACGGAGGAAACGGACAGGAGAGGAGGAACUGAGUUUUCAUCACAGAUGGGAGCUUAGUUCAGUGUUUUAUAAAGAAUGUAUGCAUAUUACUGUCCCCACAAAUAUGGCAAAUUAUAUUCUACUGUAUGUGCAGGCAGAGUAUAUGUAUAUUUCUGGAAAGUAGGUGUAGCUCAAAUAUCCUGUACACACACACACACACACACACACGUGUUUUUGAUAUAUCAUUGUUAUUACUGUGGAAGUUUUAGCGUAGAGGGGUCCGGAUCAGUAUUCUUCACUGUGCAGAGCCGCUACUGUCGCUCUCUGAAGGCAGCGGCUUCCCACUCCGUCUCACUCACAUCAUAUCAGAUUGAAGUUCAACACUGUCCUCUCCUGAAUGAAUCAAAGUUGCAGAACGUGUGUUAAAAUAAUCUCAACUCGAGGUCUGCGAGUUAGAGCGGACACACUGCGUCGCGUGAUAAAGAUGUCAUAUUGACCUGUUGAUGUGAUAUUAACGUCUUUUUUAACCAUUUGAGCAGCUGCAUGUGGAGACAGUUUUAUAUGAGAAUAAAUACGAUUUAAUUGAUCAUUAAACCAAAUCCAACAUUUGAGUAGCCUGCGAACUCUACUACACACACACGUGUGUGAGCCGCAGCAGUUCAGCGACGCAGCCGCCACGCGCAUGCAACGCAGAUUUUUGGAGCUAUUUGUUCCAAACAUUUGGACCUGAUGGUGGGACUGGAUGAAAAGUUAAUAUCAUUGAAGUCAUUGCAGUUCAUCCUGAGAGGAACAUGAAUGUCUGGACAAAAUUUUACGGCAAUCCAGAUUCACUGAAAACCCGCAGAUCCGAACCCGUGGCCUUCGUUGUCAUCGUAGACCGCAAAGGCCGAACCGAAAUAAGGGUUUGGUCUACGGAGGAUUUCCACUUUGCGUCACCCACUGUGCCCGUCGUUACCAUUGCGUCACCUCUUGUCUCCUAGUAACCUUGACAACACAACACGUAACAGUUGUACUGUUAGCUGUUGAACGGAGCUGAAACCCAAUAAUUACAUUUAAAAGUGUAAUCCUCAGGUUCUCUGUCGCCGUUGAUUGCUUCCUUUACCAGCGAGCAAUGCAUCUUGGGAUAGGUUGGAUCCACCCGAUGGAAAAGAAGGUGGCGUUUGAAGGAGCCUUCGAAAUUGAACAGCCUCGUCACGCUGUUGUGACACAAUCUGUCUUCAAAUGAAAAUGAGACACAGCUCUGAAGGUUGUUCGUGGACCUUGAGUUGACUUUAUUUUGAUCGAGACCGAUCUGAGUCCGGGCCGACCGGCGACUUCAAGACGUAAAAUAAAACCUGCAGAGAAUGUUUAAACGAGUGAAUGUUGAAAUCGUCUGCUUGUGAUGUGAGGUUAGACGUCUGUGGGAAACUGCGGCACCCUGCUGAGGUCCGGUGUGAACUGGUGCAGGGCAGAGUGAGACUGGUGAGAUGUUCUGAUGGUACAGACUGAGGUCCACUGUAGGGUCGGGCUCCCACGCCUUUACACCCUGAUUCCCUUUAAAAACUCACUGAGUUUAUACUCUCGCACCCAGGCCCCAUGAAAACACACAGGACGUCCAAACAGCAUCAGGUUGGUUAUCGUUCACUCUCAUGUCACACCAGUAUAAAAACCUUUAAUCAGAACUGGCUCACCCGACACUGUGGGAAAGUCCGACGGUGACAAACGCAGCAUAUCACCUGAUCCUUUACGUGUCGUCGUCCCUGAUGGAGCCUGGGCGCAGAGAGACCUCAGUGGUGAAAGAGUGCAUGUUUACAGUAACUUUACAUUUAAUGAGAGAAUGGUUUUAGACAGCUAUAUUACCAAGUGUAUAUAUUUGUUUAUAAUAUUUUAUCUGAAGUUAACUUAGAUCACCGCAUGCCUGCUGAAACAAAAGGAGAGUGAACAAAACCGGAGAGUGUGAAUCAGAAUAUUCAAACUUUUUUCUUUGCUUAAAAAAAAAAAAAAAAAAAAAAAUCAAUUUAUCUGAUAUAUUUAUUUGUUGUGGUUUUUAUUUUAUUUUUUAUUUUUUGGUAGCAUGUUUAAGAAAAAAAAAGGCAAAAAGAGAUGAUGUCUUGUUCCAUUUAAAAGAAAAAGAAAGAAUUCCCACAUGAAGUUUCUACCAUGACAACAUCCAUUUGUGAUUUAGUGUCGGAUCGAAGUGCAGCAACACGAACGCCCACACACGGCGCGUCUGAGUGAGUUUCCAAUGUGUGUCACAACUCAUGUCUAUUCCUGUCCUCUGAAGUAAUCAAUUGCCUUAACAAAUAAAUGGAGCCGCUCUGUGCUCACAGGGACAAACAGAGAGGCCGAGUGUCUGCAGCAACCUGUUUAGUAACGUGACGCCCUGAAAAUGACCAAAAAGGAUUUGAUUUAACCGCCAACAGCUGAGCAGCAGAAUUUAGACUUCUUUUUUUUUUUUUUUUAUGUCAUCCUACCCCUCAGUCAGCAGCAGGGUUUGGUUUCCAUCUGAUGCGAUUUACUGCCUCAGAACUGACCUUAAUGAACAAACAAGGGAGGUGAUAUCUGUGUCCAUCUUUAUCUGCUGUUUGAGUUUCCUGAAUCAGUCGUCUCUAAAGAUAAGAGGGAAAAAAAUCCCAUGAAAGAAGAGCAAAGCCAGUGACUUGUUUUCUGAAUGUGGCUGCAACCCCGUCAUAGAUCAAUAAGACUCACAAAUCAAUAAAUGUUUUAUAAUUCGGUUGUUAACACUUUAUAAAUCAUUAGUUUCUACACAUUGAUGCAGGCUCACUAUUUGGCAAGCUCAAGUUCAUGCUUACGACUCAUUCAUCUUACUAAUGAGUUACUCCUAUUUAUAACUGGUAAAAGGAGCCUUAUUGUAAAGUGUAAAACUUAUCAAUUCAUUAAUAAGAUUUUUAAUACAUUUUAUAAUUGUUAAUUAAUCAUUUAUAAAGUGGUAACAACUGAAUUAAUGACAUAAUUAUGAAGCAUUUAUAAAUGAUCUUAUUGUAGCGCGGUACCAACAGCUGGGCGCUGUAGUUUCAACAAACGUUACUUAAACUGGAGUAAAAUUUAAAUUUGUCAGGGACUAUUUUCUGCUGCGGACUAAUACGCAUGUGGUGCUGUAUUGCGUUUAUCCAGCAGCAGGACGCCGUACGUGGGAUCGACUGAAAAACUGCAGUGCCCAUGUUCAUGGUCAUGAAGGAACGUGUCAUUUAUAUGUUUUUAAUCAUCAUCAUCAUCAGUUUUACUUGUUAAAUGAGAUAAAUUCAGUGGUGAUUUGGUCUUUUCAUGGGAUUUAUUUACAAAUACAGGAAUACGGUUUAUCACCAGCCUUGUUUAUUCUGCCGUUGCUUUGAUACCAGAAUUAAGUCAAAUUAAGACAGAAAUCCUCCCUUUGACACCCAGAGAACUUGUUCAGAGGUGUAAAGUGUUUUGUUAGCUCCACCAGCCUGGUUUACAUCUCCUCUGAGAUCUCUUCCUGUCUGACAACUCUCAGUAAAGCCAGAACAAGCUCGUCACAUUCAGCCGAGGUCGAGUUACCAGACGCGUUUCCAGCUGCAGAGACGGAGACGGGCUUAAAACACAAAACAGGACACGGCACACGGCUGCUCCGCUCGGUGUCGCCGCCUCUUUGAUUUCUCCCUGCGUGAGUCAGCAGUGAAGCCCCUCGGCCUCUGAUUCAAAAAGGCUAUAAACCUUCCUCAUGGUGACCUUUUAGAUGUUUGUGGUCGCACUGGAAACAUCUCGUCAAGAGCAAAUUACAUACAUCAUCAUCAGAAGAAGAAGAAGGAGAGAAAUGAAGCAGAAAUACGACACAUCAACCAGAUUAGCUGCGUUUUAAGACAAGUUUAAUAUAUAUUUUAUGGAGGAGAAUUAUUGGCAGCAUCUUCACCCCACCCCCUCUUUUUUUUGUUGUGGUGCUAUUUCAGCCCCCACCGCCAAUCUGAGGCAAAGGUGGCCCUACAGUCCCGACCGGUGCGAUCCAGUUCUCAUCCUGGGACUGAUUAGCGGUAUUGAGUGACAUCAGAGGCACAGAUGCAGCAGAGAGCCCCGGCAGCGUGUUGUUGCUCCACAUGUGCAUAAAACCAUCAGAUCAUAGAGUCACAGAUCAGAUUCUACAUAUCACAACAGCAGCGUCAUCGCACAGCUUCAGGGGAUUAAUAUUAUUGUUAUUAAUAUUAUUACAGAGUAGGAGAAAUCUACUGUAUGUAACCAAGAGGACAGUUAAUCAAAUUAUCUGUUUUAUAAACUCUACGUCUGUGAUAUGAGCCCUCUGCCCGCCCCGCCCCCUCCCUCAGGGUCAGUAUGGUGGGGGGGACUCUCAGCCCGCAGAGGGUCAAGGGCAGACCGUCCCCCGUGUUGUCCAGGACCUGAUUGGAUGAGCGAGGUUGAGGAAUCGAUACGCCCAGCCUCCGCAGUCUGCCCUGUGUCUGUCUCUACAGUAUGUCGCCCUCACUGUUUGUUAGCUGUUGGCAUUUUGAUGGACUAAACAUUUUACCAAAUAAACACCAGAGGUUGAAUAUG